CGGAUUUGAAAACAGGCGGCAGAGUCGCGUUCGCGAACAAGCCGGAAAAGUAGUUGACCUCACUUGGAAUCACCACACGCGCGUUUAUUGGACUGUGUGUAUUAUGCAUGUUGCAGCUGUGUAGCGUCUCGUCAGAGCGAAGACGUUCAUUUACGCGGUGUAUUUCUCCCGGGGUUUUGUGAGGAGUGGCUUUGCUACAUUUGCUAACGACGACAGAGAGGAAAGUGCCAUUUCGACGCGCGCCGUCGUCGCCUUUCAAGGAAACAUGGCCGUCAAGGAGGCGUUUCAAUGCGCCCAGAAGGGCCACAACAACAAGGCCAAGCUGGUGGCGAGCCUGAACAACCGCUACAACGCUCUGGAGGACAAGACCUCGUUCCAUGAGGAGUUUGUCAGCAAUCUGAAACACGCCAUGAUUGUUUACAAGCGGGAGCCCGCUGUGGAAAAUGUCAUCGAGUUUGCGGCGAGAUUCGCCACAAGUCUCCAGUGUCCACCUAACGCAGCAGCAGCAGAAGCAGAAGCAGAACAACAGGAGGAGGAGGAGGAGGAGGAGGAGGAGGAUCAUCCAUUUUUGAGUUUCCUUUUCAACUUCUUGCUGGAGUCUCACAAGGCGAGCAGCCACGCAGUGCGCUUCCGCGUGUGCCAGCUCAUCAACAAGCUGCUCGGCAGCAUGGCGGAGAACGCUCGGAUCGACGACGACCUCUUCGACGGCAUCCAUCGAGCCAUGCUGGUCCGUGUCACCGACAGGUUUCCCAACGUGCGCAUCCAGGCCGCCUUGGCCAUGACUCGACUGCAGCAGCCGAGCGAUCCCGACUGUCCCACAGUCAAUGCCUUCAUGCAGAUUCUGGAAAAUGACACCAAUGCUGAGGUGCGCCGGGCUGUCCUCUCUUGCAUUGCCAUGUCUCCUCGCACCCUCCCGAGAGUACUCAAACGCACCCGUGAUGUGAAAGAAAAUGUCCGCAAACUAGCCUACCAGGUUCUGUCUGACAAGGUUCAUUUUAAAGCUCUGUCCAUUGCACAAAGAGUGAGUCUGCUGGAGCAGGGACUCCACGACACAUCAGAAGUAGUAAAGGAGAUGGUGUGCUCCCGUCUACUGCCUGCCUGGCUUUUUCGACUGGAUGGAAAUAUCCUGGAGCUUCUCCACAGGCUUGAUGUGGAGAACUGUGCCCAAACAGCUUUGGACAUGCUGAAAGCUAUUUUCAAAGGCUUGGACGCUGAUGAGUUGCUGCAGAACAGAUUGCAGUUGAACAGCAGGAAGCUCAUCCCGGCGGAGGCACUGACAUGCGAGAAUGUGCUUUACUGGCGAGCUCUGUGCAAGUUCAUCAAGGACAAAGGCGAUGGCGGUGACGAAAUGUUGGAGCAGGUCUUGCCGGACGCUGCCACUUACGCCGACUACCUCUAUGGGUAUUUGAAGGCGGUUCCGGUGCUGUCUGAGGAGCAGAGAGCAGACUUCAGCCAGCUGGAAUUGGUUAUGACCAAGGAUUUUAUCUCACAGCAGCUCAUCCAUCUCAUUGGCUGCCUGGACACCAACGAGGAAGGCGGGAGGAAGCGUGUUCUGGCUGUGCUGCAGGAGAUGUUGACUUUGCCACAGACGCCGUCCUCGCUGGUCGUCUUGCUCACUGAGAAGCUCCUCACACUCGUGCCCGAUGACCACCGACGCAUUCAGACCGUGGCAGAAAUCAUCUCGGACGUGCGGGCACCAAUCACGGAAGCGAGUCAGCCGGUGGACGAGAACGCCAGCCGCCGCCAGCAGGUUCAGCUAGCAGAGGUGAAGGUGCGCAUUAUGGAGGCCAAACACGCCCUAGAGGAGUGCAUCGCCGCUCAGGACUUCACCCGCGCCGCAGAAUUGAAGGAGAUCAUCUCAGAGCAGGAGAACCAGCGCAACAAGGUCCUCCAGGAGAUCGCAGCGAGCGUUCAGACGAUCGACAAUGAGAUUCGCACUGAGAAGAAUGACCCGGAGACGCUGCUGAGGUGUCUGACAAUGUGCGCUGAGCUGCUCAAGCAGAUGGACGUCAAGAAUCGAAGCAGCCCGACAAUAAGCGCUUUAAUGUCCUCACUGAUCCUGCCCAGCAUCGCAAGCGCUCACCCCACUGUCCGAAGUAUGGCUGUGGUAUGUCUGGGUAUAUGUGCUCUGCACAACAGGGAGGUUGCCAAAAUCCACAUGGUCCUUCUGCUACAGAUCGCUCAGCUGGACGAGGUCAAGAUUCGCAUCAGCGCUCUGCGAGCAGUCAUCGACCAGCUGCUGCUGUUUGGCUUCCAGCUGCUCUCUGACACCGGCAGCGGUCAGAAGCCUCAGCCGCCGGGAUCGCCAGACCAGGAGGCGGCGGAGGAAACGGCGGCACAGGCUGAAGUGAAGGGAGAGGACACCGCUCAGAGCAUUUUGGUGAUGCUGUCAGAGCUUCUGGACAGUGAGGUGUCGGAACUGCGCACGGUGACGGCUGAGGGUCUGGCCAAACUGAUGUACACGGGCCGAAUGUCCAGUGCUAAGAUCCUGUCACGUCUGGUUCUGCUGUGGUACAACCCGCUCACUGAGGACGACGUCCAUCUCCGACACUGCCUGGGCGUUUUUUUCCAGCUCUAUGCCAGGGAGAGCAGGGCCCACCAGGAAGUUGUGGAGGAGAGUUUCCUGCCGACUGUGCGCACGCUGAUGAACGCACCCGCCACUUCUCCGUUGGCCCAGGUGGACAUUAACAAUGUGGUGGAGCUCUUCGUGGAGUUGACCCGUUCGAGUGCGCUCGUGAAGCCUUCCGUCAACACGGAGCUCCAGGAAGUGAGCGUCCACGACUAUUUGGCGGUGCGCGUGUGCGGCGAGAUGCUGAGGGACCCGACCGCCCCCGAGGUGCGUCUCUACGCCAAAACCCUGAGCUACCUGGACGUGAGCGGGGACCAGACGGUCAAGAAAGACCUGCUGUCCCUUUUGCAGCAGCUCGUCCAGGUGGUGAAGGACCGCGUGUGUCUUCGCGCUCUGGACAAGAUGAUUUCUCAACUAGCAGAUUCUAGAGAGCAAGCAGAGCUCCUUGGCGCAUCCCCGCUGCGGCCGCUGGAUGUCAACGCAGACGAAACCGUAGCAGACGAGCCAUCAAAAUCAUCCACAAGAGGCAAAAGAGGUCAAAGGAAGGCCAGCACGGUCAAAGGAGGCAGAAAGCCAAGCAAGAGGACAGAGUCCUCCGAGGAGAGCAGUGAUGGGGAAAAUGUUCCUGCGGUGCGACCUUCUCGCAGAGCCAAAAUUGCAGCUAUAGAGAAGACAAAACUGGAUCUCAAUCCCCUCCUCAACCAGGAGGCCAACUUGUCUUGAAAGUAUGUUCACUGAAGUUUGCUUCCGUCAUCGUUUGUGCUGUCAAAUAUAUUUUAACCAUUUUAACAAUAAAGAUGUGGCCUGUGUAGAUUGCCUCCUAUAUCUAGAAUGAUGGUUGUUGUGUUUUUUUCAAAACAAAUAUUGAUUAAAAUGCAUUAGAAAAACAAUGAACAUUUAAGCAGUCUCGUUGGAUGUUUCUCUUGGAUCUGCGGCUAAUGGUAAAGCAAUUUCAAUAGAACAGCAUCUUUUAUGUUUGCAUUUUUUUUUUUAAUACGUUUACACAGUGACUUAAGUGUAAGUGUGUUUAAAACACGGAUCUGGGAGGAGUGCAACUACAAGGUCUUUUUUUUUUUUUUUUUGGUCUCACUGAUUUUACCCAUGGAAGGUGGUUCUGCUGUAUUAAAAUUGUGAAGCUCA